AUGGUGCGUUCCGCCUGGGCAACCUACAUUGACUAUAAUCGGAUUGACCAGAGUCCAAUCAUCGGCCCACAUCCUUUUCACCCCAACAUACUUCUUUGCAGUGGAUUUUCAGGUACCGCUCCACAGCACUGCAUCGCAGCCGGUCGUGCUAUUGCCGAGACAAUUUGCAAUGCCCAUUAUAAAACGAUAGACUUGACCAGAUUCUCAUUUGACCGAUUCUAUACAGAGGAAUUGAUGUUUGAUGGGCUUGAGCAGCCUCCUGUUUUUCCCAUAGAGACAAAAUCGGAGAAUGUCAUUGGCGAAUGCUAG